AUGGGCCGCAGUUGGUCGUCGUACGAAGAGAGCUCGGCGCCGGCAAAGAAGACGGCGGACGCGGCUCCGCCGGCCAAGCCCUUUAACUAUACGACGCUGCGCCACAAGCUCGUCUUUGGCGGCCUCGUUGGUCUCUCGACUGGCCUCACCUUUGGCAGCGUCGAUGCAGUGCGCCAAGCCCAUACGCAGUACGGACGCAUCAACGCGCAGGCCAUUCGGUCAAUCUCGCGCACGGCCGGCAUCUGUGGCAUGCUCUUCUCCGGCUUCUUCUUCUCGUACCAAGGCAUCAAGACGACGAUGGAGCAGUUGCGUGGUGCCGAGGACUUUGCCAACGUGGGCGUCGCGGCGCUUCUCUCGGGCGCGCCGUUCAUCCGCCACCCGGUCAUGCGGACCAACGCCAUGUACGCGGCGCUGCUCGUCGGUCUCGACCUCUUCCACGAAGAGAUCAAUGGCGCGCGCCCGUAG